AUGAGUGCAAUUGUUGAUUUUCUGACUGAUCGAACUAUAGAAGAUUAUGAACGUAUGAAGUUUGACUUUUCAAAUGAAGAUUUGAUGGCAAUCUUACAGGAUGAAGAUAAAAAGCCUGUAAGAGAAGGGUUACAGAUGGCCAUUGAAAAGAAAAUUGAAACACUAGAAGUAUAUGAGGAUUCUGCCUUGGUAAUUUAUCAACUAAAAGGUGAAUGGGAGACCAGGGACUCGAAACUAGUGUUAUACCAAAAGCACAUAGCUGGCUUGAGGAAACAUUUUCAAAAGAUUCAAUUUCAGCAUGUUCCUCGAGAAGAAAAUCAGAUUGCUGAUGCCUUGGCCACUUUGGCAGCGAUGUUUAAGUUAAAUAAUGGUGUGAGAAUCCAACCCGUUAGAGUACAAAUGAAAGUUUCACCAGCUCACUGUUCAAAUGUGGAAGAAGAGAUGGAUUGA